AUGGUUAAGACAAUUAUCGUCACCGGCGCCUCUCGAGGCAUCGGCCUCGCAAUCACCAAGUACCUCCUCUCCGCGCCUCAAUCGCACAAUGUCGUCGUGAUCGCCCGAAGCGUCGAGCCCCUGCAAGCCCUGAAAACCGAAUACAAAGACCAAGUCGCGAUUCUUAACGGCGACAUCGCCGACUUCUCGAUCGCCCAGAAAGCCGUUGAUCUCGCGCUGAAAAGCUUCGGCCGCAUCGACGGACUCGUCCUCAACCACGGUAUCCUCGGACAAGUCGGCAAGAUCGGGACGGCAAACAUCGAGGAGUGGAAGAAGGGGUACGAUGUAAACUUUUUCAGCCUCGUGGCGUUCGUCCAGGCGGCGCUGCCGAAGCUGCGCGAGAGCAAAGGCAGGAUUGUGUUUACGAGCUCCGGUGCCGCCGUCUCUGCGUACCGUGGUUGGGGGCUCUAUGGGUCUACGAAGGCUGCGAUGAACCACCUUGCCUUGAGUCUGGGUGAGGAGGAGCCGGAUGUUACGAGUGUUUCUAUUCGGCCGGGAAUGGUUGAUACCGAAAUGCAGAGGGAGCUCAGGGAGGACCAUGCUACGACGCUGGAGCCGCAGGUGCAUUCUAAGUUUACGACGGUGCAUAAGGACGGCAAGUUGCUCAAGCCCGAGCAGCCAGGACAUGUCAUGGCCAAACUGGUGCUUGAUGCGCCCAAGGAGCUGAGCGGGAAGUUCCUCUCGUGGAAUGAUCAACAACUCGAGGCCUUUCAGGCAUGA